AUGUUUGUCGAGCGCCUUCUCCAAGUCCACCACGGUGGCUUGCCCAUCACCUCUCUCGACUUCCAGCCGCAUGCCGCGCCUUGGGACCUGGAGCGCCUGGCGACCGCAGCCGCGAACUGCGUGAAGAUUUGGGCACUCCACUCGCACUCGCCUGCUCUGGUGCGAUCGCUUUUGAACACAAAGGCUGCGGGCGAGGACUCCGGCGGCCCGCCGGGGUCCCAGAAGCGCCGAAAGUGCGAGGCCUCGCCGCCGGCGUCUCCUCCUCCCGCGACGCCGGGUGGAGACGCUCCGCCGAGCGUCGCCAAGGAGGACGGCGCCGAGGCGCUGCGUGCCGCGUCGGCCUCGUCCGUCCUGCCAUCGGCAGCCUCCGCGCCCAAUCGAGAGCCGCCGGCGCUGUCCCGCCCGCCGCUGACGGUGGCGGCCUGCGUGUGGACUGCCGCGGAGCAUCGCUCGGAGAUCACCACUCUCCGUUGGGCGCCCACUGGCGAGUAUCUAGCCACCUGCGACGCCGAGGGCAACCUCUUUAUCUACGCGCUGAAUCUCCCCUCGACGCCGUCGCCGCUGCCAGAGAAGAAGGGAAAGAACGCGCGACAGGACGCGACAUCCUUGGCCUUUUCAUGUGCGUCUUCCUCGCGCUCCGCCGGCGUGCCCUGCCUGUGCCCGUCUUUCUACCCGUCCCCGUGCGCAGCGCCCUGGCUGAAGCCCGCAAGGCCCGGUGCCAGCGGCCAGGCGUCAAGUGCAGGCGUCUACGCAGAGAAGUGGCGACAGGUGUCGGCGUGUCUGUGCUCCGCUGUGGGGCACGUCUUCGACAUGUGCUGGUGCCACGACAGCCGAACUGUCGCCCUCGCUGGAGGAAGCGGAAAGAUCGCGCUGGUAGACAUCAGAAGGCAAGAAAUCACCACGGUCGUCGCUCUCCCGGACGGCGAGUCGGGCAUGGUCAAAGGCGUCGCCUGGGAUCCGCAGGCGUCUCUGCUCGCAGCCCAUACGAGCGAGAAGAAGGUUUUCGUGUGGCGAACCCAACGCCGCGCCGGGGCGGGAAAGAAGGCUGGUGACAAGACGGCGUGGAGCUGCUCGCUCGUCUUCCAGCACGACGAUCUCUUACAGGGCGGCCAGCCAGACACUCCCGGACCCCGCCGCCUGUCGUGGCAUCCCCAAGGCACAUUUUUGGCCCUUCCGUUCGCGGAGCGCAACGGCCGCGUUUUCGGGUGCUGCCUGCGCGUUCAAGACGAUGCGGCGCCAGCCAGCGAAGGCUUCGAGGCCGAGACGGCCUCAAGGAACGGGAUGCCCGACACGCUUUCGCCUGGAACGGCACAUAAGAGCAAACAGAGUGCAUCCGACACGGCCAAGAGCGUUUUUUCGUCUGAGCCGCCUCUGCGCCUCCGCGGCCACCGACGACCUAUUCGCAUUGUUCGAUUUUCCCCAGAUCUCCUCGUUAUGCGCGGCUCAGCCUCCGAGGGCGCACAAGGCGAAAAAUGGCGCAGCAAGGGGGCUGGCGCUUCUGCAGACGAAAAGAGGCUUCAGACAGACCUCUGCUGUCUGUACGCCCAAGCGAGCCUAGACGGUGCUCUCUCGAUAUGGCAGUUUUCACCGGGCUCUGCUGCGCAGUCGAGCUCCAAAAGCGCUUCGUGCGCGAGUUCAGGCAGCGGCGCUGGCGAGAAGAAAGAGGAGCAGGGCCGCGCGCCGGCCGACAAGUCGCAGAUGCGGUGCCUGGCGGUCCUGGUGAACUUCCUUGACGAGAACUCGACUCUGCAGGACAUCGCUUGGGGGCGGCAUGGCCAGUGGCUUGCGGCGGCUUGCACCGGCGGGGCGGUGACCCUGAUCUCUCUUCCGCACGACGCCAUGCAAGUGAACUUCGCUACGAACUGGCUGGCCUUCCAGUUGUCGUCUUCCGGUCCCGGCGUCGCCGACUCGACGGAGGCUGCUGUCGCUUCCUCGUCGCUGUCGCCGGCUGAAUCGCAGGCGUCUCCUGCCUGCGGAGCCCAGCCGCCCGGGGCUGCGGCCUCUUCGCGGGCUUCGGCUGCUCUGGCCAGUCGCCUGCGAGACCCGCCAUCUCCUGGCAGCGAAGAAGCGUUUGCGUCCGCCGUGUCCUUCUCGCAGGAGAAGGACGGGCGGCCUGUGUGUGCAUGUGCGUGCAAAUGCUGCUGCUGCGUUCUGCAUCGGCACUUUGCCUUCGCGCCGUGCAGUCCUCCUCCACCUGCCGCGUCCUCUGUGUCGUCGCUGGCGGACACGAAUGGACAGGCAGCUUGCGUGAAGGCCGACUCGUUCGCCUCCGCGUCGUCCGCGGCCUGUGCGGCGGCGGCGGCAGCGCGGAGGGGCAGAGGAGACAAAAAGGAGGACGAGGACCGCAGAAAAGUGGGCGCCAUGCAGGUCGAAUCUGUCACGGCCGGCGGCAAGAGACGCAUUCGCCCAGUGCAGCUUACGGGGCAACAGGGAGCGGCAGGCUUGGCCAUUCGUAACGGUGAGGGCGCCGCCGCCAGCGGCCUUCGCAUCGAGUCGGCGAGGGCCCACGGCGACAAGGACAACGCCUCUGAGACAGACGCCAAAAAGGCGAAGCAGGACAAGACGUCGUCCGUGUCCGCGCCGGCGACUAAGCUACCUGCCGUGCCGCCAGCUUCGUCAGCCUUCUGUUCCGCUCUCUCCGCGUCGCUUCAGACCUUCUUGGCUUCUGGAGAGGACCGGCCUACUCACGUCGCUGCGUCUCCCUUGCCCUCGUUUCCGUCCGUGCUCCCGUCGCCCCCCCCGCCAGCUGGGUCAGCGGCUUCGGGCGCGCCUUCGGCGGGAGGGUCCUCCUUUUCAGCGCGUUCGGCCGCAGCGGACGCGGGGGCGGGGCUGCAGGACGACGACGGCAGCGACUUUCUCCUCAUGCUUCAGCGACAAGGCGAGGAAGUCCAGCGCGCGCUGCAGGGCACGCCGCGUCCACUCGCCAAGUCUUUGCCUUCUUCGUCUCCCUCCUCCCCGACGGCGGGUGUGCCGUCAGCCCCCCCUUCGUCUCUCCGUCCCCCCUACGAGACUGCACUCUCCCCCCAGGGCAGACAGCCGGGCCUCCCGGUGUCCUUGGCGGACGUGUUUGCGGGCGGCGGCGGCGGCGCGGCGGCUUCGGGUGCGCCUGCCGCAGGGCAAGGUUGCGCAGCCGAGGAGCGGAAAGAAUCCGAGGCAGACAGAGAAAGACCGAAAGACCGCAGCGCUCGCUGCGCGUCUCACUUCCUUUCCCAGGUGCUUGUAGCUCGCCGAGGGCAGCCGUCGGCGCAGCCUCCGCUCUCUUCGCUGCCGAGCAAAUCGGGGGUGUGGGCGACGCCCUCAGUGUCCUUCGUCACGGCUUCGCCGGCUGCUUCCGAGUCUGGAGCCGCGCCGUCUCAUCCGUCUGCUGCCCCGGCCUCGUCGCUCUCGGGGGCGAAGUUGGCGCUCUCUGCGCCGGCUGCUUUUCUCGCUUCGCACAGGCAGGAAGCGAUGCGACUUCAGCCUGGCGCGGGUCCUCACGGCGGAGGCGCAGCGGCCUCGGAAGAGAGUGCUCAGGGCGGUUUUCUGUCGGGCGUCCCGUCCGUGGCCUCGCGGGCCUUGUUGACGGCUGCGCCGUCUCUGCACCAGGCUUUCCCCGGCGUUCAAGGCCCCGUGUACUCGCUAGGGUCUCCACGAGCGGCACUCUCUGCUUCAUGGGAGGGCAGUUUGGCGCUCCCGUCAGGUCGCGCCUCGAAUGACGGAGGCACUGUUUUGCUCUCUUCUUCGCACGGGAGCGGCACGGCUGUCCUGCGUGCGCAGCCUGUUCCCGUCUUGCCGCCGCAUAUCAAGGCUCCAGUUCUCCCCUCCGUCUCGGCCGCUGCUGCGCCUCCUCUGUCGGGUUCACGGGCGUCGCCUGCUGUCGCAACUUCUCUUGUGCGCGGCGCUCUGUCGCAUGCUGCGGCUCUCGGUCUCGCCGAAGCGGCUGCAGCCCACUCCAGUGCUGUGUCGCCUGCGCUUCUGCGCGACACGAACGCGGCGUGUCUUGCCCGUUCGCGCAGCGCCUCACUCCCUCCUCAACCUCCGUGCUCACCGCAGCCGCUUGUCGCUUCGGGCCAACCCGCUGCUGCAGCCGCCUCGUUUCCUCAGUUCCCCUCUCUCCUCCCGCCAGCGCCCCCCGGGGCCUCCCCUCGGGCGUCGUGCGGAGCGGAGCGAAGACGCAUCGCCUCCACAGACGCCGGAGGUGCGCUGUACGCAGACUCGGCGCUGCAUUUCUCUCUGCUUCAACAAGUGAAGCAGAUGCUGGCGACGCACUCUGCGGGCGCUGUCGCAACCGGCGCAUCGGCUGACGCCGGACAACGAUGCGAGGGCCGAGAGAUGGAAUCGCGCGCGGACCUGAGGCAAGAGACGCAACCCGUGUGCCACAGCCGUCUCCUUCGAACGGCGCCGAUGGCAAACGCUAGCCCGCUUGCCGCCCUCCGGAGAGAAGCGCGCGCCGAACCCGAGGCGCGACAUGCGCGCGCAGACGCGCCCUGCUGCGCGGCGCUGCCAGCCGGCGAGCGGCGACUCUCGCCUUCGGUAGUUGCGCUCGCGAUCUCCCCAGAAGCACCCAGGGAAGCCCUCCCAUCGCCAGAGACGUCUGCUCAGCAGCGCGAGUGGGAGCUGGCGUCGCAGAACUUCUGGCGAGCGACGCGCGAGAUGAGGCAGGUGGCGAAGGAGAACGAGAAACGGCAGGCAGACGUGCGCAGCGGGCAAGGAACACCCGCGACGCAGCAGAGGCUCUCCGCGGAGGGGACGCCCGCGUCGUGGCUCGCAGCGGGAAGGCCCGCGGGAGCCGCCCCGGGCGGUGGAGGCGAAGGCGAGAGGGCGGGCGCGCACGCCGAGACGGCUCCGGGAGCGGAAGAAGACAGAGAAGAGAAGAGGGCGCCCGCGCUGCGCCUGACUAAAGACUACGUCUGUGGUUGGACGCCUCCAGAGUGGCUGCGCAACGCGCAACUGGGUCGCCGGGGAGGCGGCGGCGGCUUCGAAAGGGCUAACGCCCGGUGGGCGCGUGUGGAGAAGGGCGUCGGUGAGGAGGGAGGUGAAGCUGAACGGGAAGCAGAGGUGAGUCAUGAAGGACGACGCGACGGAGUUGGCGACCACGCAAACGAGUGGGCGGCAAGAAACAUCUGGGAACAGGAGGGACGCGAGGAGAGGCCAGAGGAAAGCUGCGAAGAAGCCUGCGAGCGUGAACACAGACAAAAAAGGGGAGACACGCGCGGAGAUUUGCUCGCGACAGACGCGACCCAGAGGGACAGGGCCCCUUUCCGCCCUCCGUUUGCGGCGAUUCUGUCGGAGCUGGCAAAGUUUGACGUCCCCCCAGAUCUCGAGCUCUGCGAAGACCUCUUUGCGCCGCUUUCCACCCGCCAGCCGACCGAUAACGAGGAUGGUGAUGAGGAAGAAGAACGCUUACCGGUGAGGACAACCUCAGAGAUCGUUUGCGGGUGCGAGCCGCCCGUCGCAGUUGCAUCUCGCCUCUGCUUCGUGGAGUUUGCUCAGGACGCCGAAAUACGGCGCAAGCAGCACCGCGAUGCCGCUUCAUCUCGAGCCCUCAACGUGAAAUCCGGACAGGGAGGCGAAGGCAGAAACGACCAAGGGCCUGGGCAGGAAGGCCGACCGGCUUUCGUGUGUGCAGCAGCUCCAGCCUCUCAGGAGGGAAGGGGGUGGGGCGCGAGCGGUGGCAGAGGUGAAGCUAGUGGGGAGAGAGCACGGGAGAUGAGCCGCGCAGGCCACGAAGCCCGCGGCAGGGGAAGGGGGACUGUAGGCGGCGGCCUCAACGGCGGAGACGAUGGAGAUGACGACGACGAUGACGCAGAGGCGCGCGAGAGAGCUCUGCGGAAGAACGCGUUUGCGGCGUCCCUGUGCAACGGCGUGACGAGCAAAGCCGACGGGGGCGGCAGGGGAGGCGGCGAGGGGGAGAGAGACGAGGACGGGAAGAAGAAAGGCCGCCAAGCCGCUUGUGAGCUCUCGAGUGCAGGUGACCAAGCUGGGUCGUCACCUAGCUCGCUGAAGAACGGCGCAUCGGAAGAGGGCUGGGGCAGCUGGAACCCGUUCAAGCGGCGCCUGCACCUGCUCAGGCAGCUCGGAGAAGAGGAGGAAGAGGAGGACGACGAGGAAGACGAAGGGCCGGUGAGAACCGACGCGAAAGCCGAUGCACUCGCCUCAUCCGCGGCUGGGAACGUGGGCAUUCCUCCGUUGUCGACCUCGUCCUCGUGCUCUGCUUCAGCUCCAGGGCUUGGCUCAGCAGCGCCGUGGGGACCACAGAGACAGGAAGGAGACAGGUGCGCGCGAGACGGAGAGAGCUUAGGGCCUGCGUUGCCGUCUGCGGCGUCCUUCGCGGAAUCGAGAAAGCGAAAUGGCGACCGAUGCCGCUCAAGUUCUACAGCUGAGCAGCGCGUGGCGACAGACGACGGGUACGGACAGAAGGACGCGGGCGAUCACCAGCGGAGAAACGGAGUCUGCUUCCUCGACAGCAAGUCGUCUGUUUCCACGUCUCCGCCGCACUCCUCGCCCUCCGUGUCGAAGCAUACGGAUUUCCGCCGGGUGAACGCCUCUUCGUCCGGGGGUGUCUACGCGGAGCGGAAGGAAGCGUGCCGAAAUGAAGGCGAGCGCGAACCCGAGAACGAAAGCGGGCAGGAGAGCGCGGGCAGCCGAGGCGACAGAGGAGGACGAAAGCGGCCGGGGUCGCAGGAGCGCAGGAGCCGAGGAGGUCAGCGAAGGGAUCGGAGAUCAAGUGGAGGGAGCGGGAGGAGAGAAGAGAGACGAGGCGCAAAGAGAACAAACUUUCGAGCCUCCUUCGCGAGCUGGGAGCAGGAGAGAGAGAGCGAAACAGGCACCGAUGACUCGAAUUCCAGUCGGUCGUCGUGCCUAUCUUCGCUGUCGGAUGAAGAUCGCAUGAAGCGAGGAGAGAGACCUGCGCGCUUCAAGGCACGAGGCCGAGAUCCCGGGCGUGGCGCGAGGGGCCCCACGUCGACGAAGAGAGGGCGGCGAGGCGACAGGCAGGAGCGAGCAGACCGGUGGCGAGAGGGGGGGUACGAAACGGACGAGGAGGGGGAUCAAGAGGGAGAUCUGCGACGGCAAGAAAGACACGGCGGGAAACGCGCGUCUGCUUCACUGAAGAGGAAAGGCGUGACCGCGCGAGGCCCACCUCUCGUGUCUCUGCCUGCUCUGCGAAAGAGGCUCCGCAUCUCCACAACCGUAAACGGCACGCCUGUGGGAGUCGUGGCCUUCAAUGCUCUCCGGAGCGGCGAUGGGGAUGGCGGUCCUUUUUCGCUAUUCCCGAGCGCAGUUUCCGCUUUUCUAGCCAGCGAGCGUGGCCGGCAGGGCGAGGACUCACGAGAAGAUGAAGCGUGGCUGAGAUGCGCAGGACGCGAGGCAGGACAGGAAGGCACAGGAAGGGACGGCGCAUUGCUCUGUUGCUCGGCGAUUCGAAAGAAGAGCCGGCGAGGAGAGGGGCGCGACUCGCUACCGGAUGAUGCAAGGCGAGCAGAAGGCGAGACAGCACACGAAACAGACGAAAAAGAGCGACCACACCUCAGGCCGCCGGCGAGGGCAAAGUGGGUCGGGGGGGAACCGGGUGUUCCGUCUUCUGCGGCGGCCGCCUCUGGCGUCGGCGGUUUGUUCAUUCUAAUCGACAUCGCGACGGGCGCGCUGCGCGUGUCGUCACUGGGCGACUUGUCUCUGCCCGUUGAUGAGCCGUUCUGCGUCUGCAGGUACGUGACGGUGAAGAGGGACGGCGCCUCUCGCAAGUCUGCGCGUGCGUCCUCCAACGGCCGUGCUUCUCCGUCUGCCUUGUCGCUUGAUUAUGCCGCGACGGGAGGAGGCGCAGCUGCCGCUGCCGAUGAACAGGGCGGGGCCGUGUGCGCUGAGCGCAGCAGUGCGAGAUGUGGUGACGCAAGCGGCUCCGAGAAGAGCGUCUUGGAGGCAUUAGAAGGAAACGGAGAGCGUGAAGAAGAAACGGGGAGCGGGCACUGUCUUCUGGUGCUCACAGUCUACGCAAAGCUUUACGUCCUUCAACUGCGCGACGACGUAGCGCCGCCGCCCGGCGCCUCGUCUGGCGUUUCUCCGUGGCCUCUCGCAUUCUUCGCAGCGGCUGGCGCAUGUGGAGAGGACAGUUCGGCGAGGCCUCAGAGGAGAGCGGACGACGAUGAGAGGUGCUUCGCUGGAUUCUCCCGGUUGCCGUUCUGCCCUCGCUCACCUGGGUGGGUGACAAGGGGCCUCGGCGGUCUCCGGUGUGCCGCAUCCCCGCCAGCGAGAGGCGCGUGGAAAACUCGCCUGGGUGCGUCCCCUCUCUCCUCGCCGCUUUUGUCUUUCGCUGAGGCGCCAGUAUUCUGCCACCUCGUGUACUUCGCGGAUCUCGCUCCGCUGUGCGAGAGCCAGGAAGGUGGAGACGGCGACGCAGCAGACAGCGCGGAGCCGCAGCCUCUCGGUUGGAUGGCUUCGUGCGCGGGCGGCGCCCACCAGGCGAGGAGCGGGUCCGCCGGGAAAGAUGCCUCGGUGGCCUCGAAAAUCGCGUGGGUUGAGAUCCGCCAUCGACCAGCUUCGUUGACGGCGCUGCUCGGCCGCCACGCGGCGUCCGUGGAGCACGACACCCGUAGCGAGACGCGGAAGCGCGGGCGCGCGGCGGCAGACGAGGAUGAACAAAGGCGGGGAAGCGGAGGUGUGGCGGACGCAGAGAGAGGGAGGGGAGCUGUGAGAGCCCUUCUCAGACAGGUCUUUGGCGCAGAGGGAGCGCAGGACUGGAUUCAAGUCGUCGUUGGCUUCGCCUCCGGCAGGAUCUGCGCUUCUCUCCCCCCCGCCCCCUAUGGGGGAGCUCUCGCCGCGGGCCUCGCUCCCCUGUCUCCGGCUGCCCUUUCUUCCGGCCGACAGCUGACUGCGGCGGUCUCCGCUUCAGAGGAGGCGAGACGACACGGAGGCGACGCGUGGGUCGCGGGAAAGCGCGGCCUGGCAAGCACUCUCAGAGAAGAAGGCGCGGCUCUUCUCGGGGGCUCGCUCGAUCGCGAGAAGGACAGGCGAGCGGGCGGGUCGGAGUUCCCAUCAGAGAGGCAGGCUUGCCGCGGAGGCGGCGCGGGUCACCGAGGCCAGUGGCCUUGCAACGGCGAAGACGACAGCCUCGAGAGCGGACGAGAUCUUACCUUUGUGCGCAUUGACGACCUCUCCUUUCAGCAAUCUGAUUUCUUCUCCAUUCUCAGCUGGAAGCACCGCUUGCCCGUUUUCUCGCCUGGCGGAGAGCGCGAUGGGUCUGCGACCGAAGCGCAGGAGGCACGAGGCGUGGAUGCGCGCUCCGCAGAUCUAGCGGCUGCUGAGGCGCCUGGCGGCGCUUCGCGGGAGGCACGCGCAAGCGCUCGCGCAUCCGGUUCUGCCGUUCGCGCGCCCGGACUCGCCGGGGGAGAAGCGAGAGCCGCAGAGAGCGACCCGCACGGAGACGGCAGCAGCGAGGCGCCGCUGCGUGAGCAGGUGCAGAAGGCGGUGGCGGCCCAGCAGGGCGCCCUGUUCAGUUUCCUGCUGCAGGGACGCGUCCUUGGGUCGCACUUCGCUGCGCUCCUCGGCGCGACGCCGCAGGACUUGGCGGCGAUGCGAAGGAAGACGAUGGACGAGCUUUUAAGUCGAGGCGAGCCAGAGGGCCGUGGCGGAGACGCGCCAGAGGAAGAGCAAGAGGAGGGCGACGCGGGGGAGAUGGGUGCGGCGGAGGAGAUGGCGACUCAGCGGGGCGAAGGCGACGCGUCGAAAAACCAGCCGGCAGACAAGGAUGCAGAAAAGGAGAAGAGCAAAACAGAAGGCGAGGAGGACCAGGAGGUGCGCAGAGAGCUGGAGAGGAAGCCGUACCGUGGGGUGGUGGCUACCAAGCCGAUCGUUCUAAGCGAAGACGAGGACAAGUCUCAGGGCAGGCCAGCGCAUUUGAAAAGUAGAGGAAACGACACACCCACAUCCGAGGAGGACGAGAUGCGCCGCGCAGAGCCAGGAGCGGCGCGGGGUGCCGCGUUCAGAGAAGGCGCAGUCGACGGGGAGAAAGAUGCUGGCGACUUGCAGAUGCCGUCUCAGCGCCAAACAGUGGAGCACCUCGAGCAACAGGUGAAGCGGGCGCUUCUGCUGGGUUCGUCGUCGGACUUUCUUUACUGGCUGGCGGCUCUGCUGCGGCGGCAGUGCGAACUUCUUCUUCUUCCUCAACUUCGCGCGGCCGCUCGCUUUUUCUUCAACGCUCACCUCGCCUGGCUACGCCGGCUCCUCGCGGGCCUGAAAGAAGCAGAGCGAGCUGUUUCGCUCGAGCUGCAGAGCGCCCUUCGCGCGCUCACACGCCUCCGGAAAGCAGCUCCUUCCUCGCGUGAAUCCGCGCCUUUUUUCCUCUCUGAAAGUCCGCUGGAGGGGGGGGAUGCUUGGAGCGUGGAGAGAGACGACGAAACAGAAGAGGAACGGUGGAACUGCGACGGCAGCGGAAGCGGCCCGACGUCCGCCCUUGUGGAUUGGCGCCUCCUGGCGUCGCUGCGCCUUUCCGCCGAAGAGGCAGGGCAUCAAAUUCUGCGAGUUCUCAGCGCCAUCAAGAGAGACGAACAAGCGCGGAGCUGCCUGCCGGGUUGCAAAGGCGCAGAAACACGCUUCCACGAAGAUGAAGAGGGAGUCUCGCGCGCAAGGUCGGAGCGCAUGCAGGCUCUCGCCCAGGCGGAAACAGAUGUCGAGGAGGCUGCCGCCGCGAUCGCUCGAACGCAGAAAGAAAUCGAGAGUGCCGUCGCGUCUCUCGAGUCGCGCAGAGAGGAAAGGAAGUCUGUUUUGCUCCUCGUAGGCGAGGGUACUGUGGAGCAACGCCGCAGAGAAAAGAAGAUGCGGAAGACGUGCGCGGGCUCGCUCUUCUCGUAUCUCUCCGCCUCCGACCAGGAGGACGAGGCUGAGAAAGAGGCCACGCGGCGGGCCGAGGCCGAGGCUUUCAUGGAAGACAUUUUCUAG